GAUAAGUUAAUCCAUAAGAAGAAUUAUGAAGAGAUUCAAGAGAGAAUUGCCAGAUCUUGUGCACGUGGAUACACAUGUGAUCAAUUCUUGUUUCGAUGCGACCCACGUGUUUGUGCUUAAUCCAUGCUCUAGCUGACCGACGUACUAUGGCUUCGACCAACUAUCCAGAGCUUUAGUGAACCAUCGCUUUUAUUCUAUUAUCGUUAGCCACCAAGUUAUUUCUAGUUAUAACAGAAGUUGAUCAGAAGGCAUCGAAAGAGAAUCGAGUUGAUGAAGAUCACGAUGAUGAUUGUCGGUUCAUAUUGAUAUAGAAACAUUACGAGGUACACAUAUAUAUAUAUUCGAUGAACCAUUCCCUGUGAAUAUCUCCGGGAAUAUACAUCGAAGCAGGAAUGAAUCCAUCCGAGUCGCAACAGAAUCUUCUCACGGAUGAUGCGAGAGCACCAUCGCUACAAUCUCUAAACGCGCCCACGGACUAUACUCUUGGCCCAGUUGAGAAGCACUUCCUGCUGAGCGCGGAACGAGGUGAUUGUGCCACUGUCAAAAGAUUAUUGCAGGAGAACAAGGAUCAUCCGGAAAUUCUUAAUAUCAAUUGCGUGGAUCCUUUGAAUCGAUCCGCUCUGAUCGCCGCCAUCGAAAACGAGAACAUCGAACUCAUCAAGCUACUUCUCGACUUAGGGAUUCAAGUGAAGGAUGGACUCUUACAUGCUAUAAAGGAAGAAUACGUGGAAGCCGUAGAAAUCUUACUGGAAUGGGAGGAAAAAACGCACAAGCCCGGCCAACCUUAUAGUUGGGAAGCUGUUGACAAAUCAUCGUCGAAUUUCACCUCUGAUAUAACUCCAUUAAUUCUGGCCGCGCAUAAGAACAACUAUGAAAUUUUAAAAAUUCUGUUGGAUCGUGGCGCUACGCUUCCCAUUCCUCACGAUGCCAGAUGUGGAUGCGACGAAUGCGUAACAUCCAGCGAACAAGAUUCUCUGAGAUAUUCCCAAGCACGAAUAAACGCGUAUCGUGCUCUCACCUCGCCAUCUUUAAUCGCUUUAUCUUCGAGGGAUCCUCUUCUCACAGCUUUUGAACUUUCUUGGGAACUUCAUCGAUUGAGUCGAAUGGAACAAGAGUUCCGUUUCGAAUAUGAGGAAAUGCGAGAACUGACGCAAAAUUUUUCCACAUCCUUGCUGGAUCACGUUCGCACGUCCUUAGAAUUGGAGAUAAUGUUAAAUUACAAUCCUUACGGUGAAAAUUGGGAGCCUGGAGAACGACAAACCUUGGAUCGACUCAAGCUUGCUAUUAAAUACAAACAGAAACAGUUCGUAGCUCAUCCGAAUGUUCAACAAUUACUGGCCGCUAUCUGGUACGAUGGUUUGCCCGGUUUUCGAAGGAAAAAUAUGAUUGGACAACUUAUAGAUGUUGGAAAACUUGCAGCAAUGUUCCCAGUGUAUAGUACUAUUUAUAUGCUCUCACCAACAUCACCGAUGGGCUUGUUCAUGAAGAAACCUUUUGUCAAAUUCAUUUGUCAUUCCUCCUCCUACGCAUUCUUUCUGAUGCUUCUUGGAAUGGCGUCACAACGUAUCGAGUACCUGGUUAUCGAAUUAUUUGGAAACGACUGGUUACACGAGAUAUUGGCUGGAUGGAAAAGACGUGAACGUGGAUGCAUACCUGGCUUCGUCGAAACCGGUGUCAUCAUCUACGUAAUCAGCUUGAUCCUUGGAGAAAUAAGAUCAUUAUGGUCGGAUGGAUUGAUGGAGUAUAUAUCGGAUCUUUGGAAUAUAGUGGAUUUCGUUCAGAAUAUAUUUUACGUAAUUUGGAUUAUGUUGAGAAUAACUGCAUGGAUUAUUGUUCAAAAAGAGUACAGAAAUGGGUUGGAUCCUUGGUAUCCCAGAGACCAAUGGCACGCUUUCGAUCCCAUGCUUUUGUCCGAGGGAGCUUUCGCCGCUGGGAUGAUUUUCAGUUUUUUGAAAUUAGUUCACAUAUUCAGCGUGAACCCCCAUCUCGGACCACUCCAAAUUUCCCUCGGGAGGAUGAUAAUAGACAUUAUCAAGUUCUUCUUCAUCUAUACUCUGGUAUUGUUCGCCUUUGGAUGUGGAAUGAAUCAACUGAUGUGGUACUACGCGGAUCUGGAAAAACAAAAAUGCUAUAACAUAAAAGAUUUUCCAGAUCUGCCCGAUUUCGAUAAUCAGGAGAAAGCUUGCUCGAUAUGGAGACGUUUCGCCAAUUUGUUCGAGACAUCACAAUCGCUUUUCUGGGCCAGUUUCGGUAUGGUUGAUCUAAUGUCGUUUGAUCUAACUGGAAUAAAAAGCUUCACCAGAUUCUGGGCAUUGCUUAUGUUCGGCUCUUAUUCCGUGAUAAAUGUGAUCGUCUUACUAAACAUGCUUAUCGCUAUGAUGUCCAACUCCUAUCAAAUAAUCUCGGAAAGAUCCGAUACGGAAUGGAAAUUUGCCAGGAGCCACUUGUGGAUGAGUUACUUCGAAGAUGGCGACACCGUGCCUCCCCCAUUUAACAUGAUCCCAACUUCCAAAACGUUCAGCAAAAUCUUGUCGUGUGGCAAGGCUGGUCGUCAAACUAGAUCUCUGAUCAAAAAAUCAAGAGAGAAGGCAAUGGCGAGACACGACACGGUUAUGCGAUUACUAAUCAGACGAUAUGUGACCGCGGAACAAAGGAAACGAGAUCAGUUUGGUAUCACCGAGGACGAUGUAAUGGAAAUCAGGCAGGACAUUUCCACAUUACGAUACGAGUUGAUUGAUAUUCUUCGACAAAAUGGAAUGAGAACACCUAUGGUCGAGAAACAGGAUACCGCGAUAUCCGGGAAGAAGGGUCGUGUGAUGGAACGCCGACUCCAGAAGGACUUCCAGAUCGGUAUAGUGGAGGGUAUAGUGAACGCGGUGAUCCAAAGUGAGAAAGAGCCGAAGGAUGUGUUCAGUCAAAUUGCGAAAGCGAUUGGCCGCAAGAGCAGCGCAAAUAAGAAGAAAGAUUGGAACGCCAUGGUACGACAGAACACGAUUGCCAAGGAUCCUAUUGGCAGCUCGAACGAGGCACUUGAAAAACAAACGAGGCGCAGUAUACGCAGACUUGGCCAUCAACCGAACUCGGAUCUGACUUCGUUAGAUCCUAAUCGUUUGGUAGAUUAUAAUCCAAAUUUGAUGGAAGUGUCACCGACUACGAGGAUCGCUUAUGCGAAAUUCAUGAUGCGCCGGCCCAAAGCGGCGGAAGGAGAAGGAGAAGAAAAUAAAAAGGAAAAUGAAGAAGGAGUUCAAAAAUCUGUUCGAAUAUCUAAUGAAAUUGCUACAAAUCCAUUGUUGAAGAAAACAUUAUUAAAGACUAUAAGUACUAAUAUGGAAAAAGGCACAACAUCGGAAAUGAGGACACCGUCACCGAUUCCGGAGGAUCCGAGAGAAGAGGAUGGAAAGAAUAAAACGCCGGCGAAAAAAGAACAUCUAAAACCAUCGUUGAACAAAGAGGAAGAUAAGAGCGCGAAAGAUGACGUGGAAAAGAAAAAGAAAGAGGAAGAGGAAAAGAAGAAGGAAGAAGAGGAAAAGAAGAAGGAAGAAGAAGAGAAGAGAAAAAAUGAACAGAAAAACGAGCCACCGAAAAACGAGCCGCCGAAAAACGAGCCACAAGAACCAGUAGCCACGACAAAAUUGAGAGGAAAAUCGAAAGCGACUGGUCAAAUAAUGGGCGGAUGGAUUUAAAUUUUCUUCUACUUUAUUAUUGCACUUUUCGUAUGAUGAUUGAUUCAUUCAAUUUCAUUGUUCACUAAUUGAACAAAUUAUAUUGAAAAUUAUAU